GUCAAAGUCAAAAAUGAUAAGUUCUGACUUCAGACUUCUGUCAUUUUGACGACAUGAAUGAAUUUUGAAUGUCUGAUGUCAAAAACAUCUGUGUUUUAAUUUUGGAAUUUGGUCUAAAUGUUUUUUAUGUAAUGUUUUAGUUUUUCGUGUUAUUCUAAAAUUUGUUGCAAUGUUUCGUAAUUCCAUUAGAUCUGUGAUUGUUCCAAAGCCAUAUGAGCUUCAUAGAUGUAAGCAUACAAACAAGCUUGACGCAAUUCGUGAGAAGUUACGAGAGGGGCCUAGCUUGGCUGAUUUCAUUGCAGAGGACAGACCAAAAACAUGGGAUGACUAUGAAGGAAAACUUAAAAGAGAAAGGGGAGAGUCGGAGAGAUUGAGAUUACCACCUUGGUUGAAAACAUCUAUUCCUACAGGUUCAAAGUUCAGUGCAUUAAAGGAGCAAUUACGAAGUUUGAAAUUAAGUACAGUAUGUGAAGAGGCUAGAUGUCCGAAUAUAGGAGAAUGUUGGAGCGGAGGCAAGCAUGGCACAUCUACAGCUACUAUUAUGUUAAUGGGAGAUACAUGUACCCGCGGUUGCAUGUUCUGUUCCGUGAAGACGUCCCGCGCUCCCCCACCGCUGGACCCCAACGAGCCGUUCAACACAGCACAUGCGAUAAAGGAGUGGGGGUUGGGGUAUAUCGUGCUUACUUCUGUGGAUCGGGAUGAUUUACCGGACGGCGGAUCAGCGCAUAUUGCGGAAACUGUGAAGGAGAUAAAAAGGCAAAACAGCGAGAUCCUAGUGGAAUGCCUGGUACCAGAUUUCCGCGGCAAUCGCGAUAGUAUAGCCCAUAUUGCAAAUAGUGGUUUGGAUGUAUUCGCGCAUAAUAUUGAAACGGUCGAACGGUUGACGCCUUUUGUCAGGGAUAGAAGAGCUGGAUACCGUCAAACAUUGAAAGUUCUAGAAACGGCGAAGGAAAUAAAUCCAGACUUAAUAACGAAAUCAUCGAUAAUGCUUGGCCUUGGAGAGUCGGAUGAACAAGUGGAACAGACUAUGAAAGAUCUCAGACAAGCCGGCGUAGACUGUCUCACACUCGGUCAAUACAUGCAACCAACAAAACGCCAUUUAAAAGUGCACGAAUACGUGACUCCCGCUAAAUUCCUUCAAUGGGAACAGAAAGGGAGUGAACUGGGAUUCCUUUAUACAGCAAGUGGGCCGUUGGUUCGAUCCUCGUAUAGGGCAGGGGAGUUCUUUAUUACAAGCCUCUUGAAGGAUCGGAAGGUUAAAACUGCUUGACCAGAGAAGUAAUAUAUUAUGUGCCAUAACUAUCGGUUUCUCAACUUUCGGAAAUCUUUUGGUUAGCUUAUCUAUUAGAUUGACACAAAAUACGGUAAAGUGUAUCUCUAUCAAAGUUCUGGCUAUCCUCUGUUAAACUUAUACAUUAGUUGUAAUGACAAACAUUUUAUUUAUGACUAGCCGCGCCCCGCGGUUUCACCCGCGUGGCUCCUUUCCUGUUGGUGUUAUAUACCCUAUAUCCUUCCUCGGUAAAUGAGCUAUCUAAGACCGAAAGAUUUUUCAAAUCGGACCAGUAGUUCCUGAGAUUAGCGCGUUCAAACUAACAAACAAACAAACUCUUCAGCUUUAUAAUAUGUAUAGAUAAUGUAUGAAAGUGUAUAAUGCUGAUGACUUUAACCGGAAAAAGGUGAAACUGAUCUAAACGCAAUAAUUAAUACAAAACAUUUGUUUAGCAACAAAGUUGAAUUAUCAUCAAUAGACACUAAAAAACGCAUGUUGAAAAGUUCUUGCUCGAAAAGCGACAACAUUUAAUCAAUGCAUUUAGCAACAUUGUUGAUCAACUGUUGCUCAAAAAAUGUUAACCAUGAAUAAACUCAGAAAUCACUUAAUAAAUGCUCUUUUUGUGAAUCUUGCUUAGUAAAAAGUACAAAUUGAUGUACAGAAUAGCUUUUAUUUUUAUAUACAUAUAGGUAGUUUAGUGUAGUACCUUUUUAAUACAAUCAUUGCACGAAAAUCGGCUGGACACAUUAAAAGUAAGUAUGAUCUUGUUGCACUUUUUUGAAGUGAUAAAUUCAUUCUAAAUAUUUGAAUCUAUUACAAAAAAAAAAAUGUGUGCGUGUACUAGUGUACACACGUAAGAAGUGAAACUUCUUUAUGACCUUAUUUUUCAAAAAAUAAUUUACUAUAUGCAACUUGACACAAAUACGUCGAAUCACGCAUGGUAGGGAUAAGAACAAGAUGGCGCGUAACGGAAAAAUGUCACGCGUAACGAAAAAAUGUUACACUACAUUUUUUCCAACCCCGAUAAAGAAGUUUCACUUCAACGAUGAAGAUCAUUUAUACUCGUGCAAUAAUUGUAACAAAGGGCAAAAAAUUAAUUGAUGAUACACUAGAGAUAAUUGCAACAACAUAAUAAUAUGAUAUUUUUAUUGAAAAAACCUAUGUAUUUUUAUAAGACAGAUUUGUUUUUUACGGUUACGUAGUACGUACGUACGCAUGUACCUACAUGUUUUUAUUAUUUCUAUUAACAUUGUGAAUAUUUAAAAUCAUAAUACUCUUAUAAGUUUAUAUUAUAAUCGAAUCUAUAUAAUAAUAAUAUGUUGUAAUGAGUUCUUUCGUUGUUAACCAAAUAUUAUUUUAUUGGUUGUUAUUUUAGUUGUAAUACGAGAAACUGUAAAUACGAUCGAAAUAAAAAUAUUUUGUUAGAAA